UGGCACUGAAGUCCAUUGUCUCAGAUUUUCAGCUACUGAUGUUACAAACAAAAUAUUGGAGCAUAGAGUUGAGGAAAAGACUUAAACCAGAUUUUUCUUCAAUUAGUUAAAAAUAUGGAUCCUGAAGGAGAGAGACCACAGAUUUGCAAUGUGACACCUUUUCAACAGAUUGUUGCCUCUUGUACUGGGGCCAUACUGACAUCACUAAUGGUGACACCCCUGGAUGUUGUUAAAAUUCGACUGCAAGCCCAAAGCAACCAAUUUUACAAAGAUCUCAAUGCUGUGUCAUUAAGCAAAUCAAAUUAUGUAUAUUUCAUCCCAAAAGGAAAAUGUUUUGUAUAUAAUAAUGGACUUAUGGAUCAUCUCUGUAUCUGUGAAGAGGAAGGCAACAAAGCAUGGUAUAAGAAGCCAGGAUAUUUCCGGGGAACAUUAGUAAGGAGAUUAUAUUAUGAUGCAUUUUUGAAAAUCAUUCGAAAUGAGGGCAUUAAAUCUCUGUGGAGUGGCCUUCCCCCCACCUUAGUAAUGGCAGUUCCUGCUACAGUUAUCUAUUUUACCUGCUAUGAUCAAUUAACUGCUCUCCUGAAAUCUAAAUUAGGAGAAAAUGAAAGCCAUAUACCAAUUGUUGCUGGAAUUGUGGCCAGAUUUGGUGCAGUAACUGUAAUAAGUCCCUUAGAAUUGAUAAGAACCAAGAUGCAAUCUAAGAGGUUUUCUUACAAGGAGCUGCAUCAAUUUGUCAGCAAGAAAGUGUCCAAAGAUGGUUGGAUUUCCCUUUGGACUGGCUGGACUCCUACUCUUCUUAGAGAUGUACCAUUCUCAGCAAUGUACUGGUAUAACUAUGAACUUUUAAAGAAGUGGUUGUGUGAGAAAUCUGGUUUAUAUGAACCCACAUUUAUGAUCAACUUUACUUCAGGAGCAUUGUCUGGUUCUUUCGCAGCUGUUGUAACUUUGCCAUUUGAUGUGGUAAAAACACAAAAGCAGACACAACUUUGGAUGUAUGAAAGUCAUAAAAUUUCUAUGCCUAUGUCAACCUGGGCUAUAAUGAAGAACAUUGUUGCUAAGAAUGGGUUUUCUGGAUUAUUUACAGGCCUAACUCCCCGUUUAAUUAAAAUUGCUCCUGCUUGUGCCAUCAUGAUCAGUACAUAUGAAUUUGGAAAGGCUUUUUUCCAGAAAAAAAAUACUCAAAAACAGCAGUAAUGAUGCUGCUUCAACUUGAAAUAGCCACGGCCAAAUAAGAUGGAGACUCUUAGGCAAGAGCCUUUCUUUUUUCUUACGAUUAUUUUGUAUCUUUCUUGCCGAUAAUUUAAAUGAAUAGAAAUUUCUACCUUGACUCUAAAUCAUAAUCCUUAUUUUAAAAUAAAUUGUGUAUUCCUAAUUUUUGAGAUAGUGAAAAAGAUAUUUCAGAAAUCACAACCACUGAGCAUUUUAUAAAGAAAAAAAACAAUUAUUCCUUAACACUUGGAACUUGAGAGUUUGAUAUUAAAGAUCCUGUAUUGUAUACUGAUACUGCAAGAGAGUGUGGUUUACUGAUUGUAUUAAAUGUUCACUAAAAUCAAGCGUGGGUGUAGAGUGGAAAACAACAUUGUACUUAGACAAGUAAAAAUAAUGUUUUGGCAUAGGAAGGUCAUCUGGUUUCAGCCAUGUGAUAAUUCAUGUGUCACUGUGGAGUCCUCUAGGUCGCUCUAUUGGCUUGUUCUAUUAUAUUUGAUAUUAUUAAUACAAUGUCAGUUAUAAAAUAUUUCCAGAAUUUCCCUUGAUGAUAUGCAUCUCACAUUAGUAUGCUAGACAAGAGACUACACAUACAAUUUCCUUGAAGAAAUAGCUUUUGGUCACUAUAGGCUAAUGCCUAAGUAAUUUAGCUUAUGACUAUAGGAAUGAAAUAAAAAGAUUAUGGCAGGACAAGAAA